CCGGGGCGGUGGCGGCGUCCGUCCUCUUUGGUCCCCCCACCCCCAACACCCUCCACCGCAGGUCAAUGAGCAGAAUCCGGACCGAGGCUUGACAUCCGGACCUGACGGGACAGAAAUUUGCCAAAGGCCAGACUCUGCUGGACAUGGUAUGUGGCCAUCUGAACCUGCUGGAGAGAGACUACUUUGGCCUGAGUUUCACGGACACGGAUAACUCUAAGAAUUGGUUGGAUCCUUCCAAAGAGAUUAAGAAGCAGAUUAGGGUUGGUUCCUGGAUUUUUGGCUUUGCUGUCAAGUUUUAUCCUCCAGACCCGUCUGUUCUCAUUGAAGACAUCACCAGGUAUUACUUGUGUCUGCAGCUGAGAGAUGACAUCCUGUCCGGUCACCUCCCCUGCUCAUUUGUCACACAUGCACUUCUGGGCUCCUACACGGUUCAGGCUGAACUGGGCGACUACGACCCCGAGGAACACGGCCCCGACUAUGUCAGCGAGUUCCACUUUGCCCCCAACCAAACACGAGAGCUGGAGGAGAGAGUGAUGGAGUUGCACCAUAACUACAGAGGAAUGAGUCCAGCAGAAGCAGAGAUGAACUUUCUUGAGAAUGCCAAGAAGCUCUCAAUGUACGGAGUGGACCUGCAUCACGCUAAGGAUUCAGAAGGAAUCGACAUCAUGCUUGGAGUGAGUGCAAACGGGCUGCUCAUCUACCGAGACCGUCUCAGGAUCAAUCGUUUUGCCUGGCCCAAAAUUCUUAAGAUCUCAUACAAAAGAAGCAACUUCUACAUCAAAAUCCGCCCUGGAGAGUAUGAACAGUUUGAGAGCACCAUAGGCUUCAAACUGCCCAACCACCGGGCCUCGAAGCGUUUGUGGAAGGUCUGCAUAGAACACCACACCUUCUUCAGGUUGGUUUCUCCAGAGCCCCCUCCAAAGGGUUUCCUUGUGAUUGGCUCCAAGUUCCGCUACAGUGGGCGAACCCAGGCCCAGACCAGACAGGCCAGCGCUUUGAUUGACAGGCCUGCACCACAGUUUGAUAGGUCCGUUAGCAAGCGGUACCUGCUGCCUCGAAGUAUAGAUGGAGCCUCAGCUCUAGGAGAUAGUAUGUACCAGCUGUCUCAAAAGAGCUCCAGCGAACGCACACAGUUUCUGUCCCGAGAAGACCUGGAUCAAGAGGGCAGUCUCGACCUGGACCAUGAUCAGUACCAGGAUCAAGACCAGGACCUGUACGCAGAUCAGGAAGAGGAACAACCGGAAAGGCCGAACCGAAAGCAGACAUCGUGUCCACGCACUUCAACGCCCAGCAGAACCUUGGAGCUCAAGGACGAGGAGUCAGGCUCACCUCUAGACUCAAUGCCCGAGCAGUUCUUGGAUAAGCCAGAAGAUGUUUUACAGAAGCACCAGGCCAGCAUCAACGAGCUGAAGAGGGCUCUGAAGCAGCCUAACAGUAAGAUGGCCCAGAGAGAGAAAUGCAUCGCUUCAGCUGCUCACCCAGCAGAAGCUCCUGAGUGGAAAUCAGCAACCAGUGAUGCCAAAUUGAUUGAGAAGGAGGAUGGUAAUGAGCGAACAUGGGAAUCUUACUCUAAAUCAGAAAAGAGUAAGAUCUCUUCAGAGGGUACGGACGCACUUGCAGCAACACUUCAGACUGGAGCAAUUAUGAAUAAUUGCCAAACAUCCCGGGAGUCUUCAGAGGCUAAACCUGGAACGUCUAUAAUUGCAGCCGGAGGACUGAAAGAUACGAACAAGAUAGGUGAUGCAUCUAAUGGGCAUCAUGAUUCAGUAUUAGCAAGGAAUCCAUUUCAUGAAAAUGGAUAUGGCUCUCCACCUGACAAACUGAUGGGCAAAAUAAAAAAUGACAUGAGAUACUUUCAGUACGAGCACCGAGAGAGGCCGAAGGAUUUUGAAUCUCUUGUGGAUUAUUUCCCAAAGGACAAAGGCAGAAGUGAGAGGGACAGGAGGCACUGUGAUGCUCGGAAACUAAAAGACCUCAGCCCCACGGGAGAGAACUGCAUCAAACCUGUGAACUCUCAUGCAGAAGUCACCAAAAUAGUUCCACUCAAGCCGCAGAGAUCAAAGAAGUCUUUGAAUAAAGAGAACAAAGAUACAAAUCCUCAAACUCAAAGCUGGUCUGGUGGAAACAGGUCUAGUGGAGCUGGAGACGCACGAACGACAAAAUCCUCCUGUGAGUCAGAGAGGAGCCUGCACGACAGCGCUGCACCUCAGUCUUUAGCGCUGACUCAGCAGCAAGCCGCCGUCCAUCAGCACAUCAAGAACGACUUGUUUGCUCAACACGAGCUCAGAGACGGCAGGGAUUCGACAGGACAAGCUCCGUGGACGAGAGCGAGCUCUCUACAUGUGGGCAGUUCUCAGAGCGUCUCAGAGUUCAGCUCAAAAUUCCCCACAGCUCCCCCUCGCAGCCUCCCCCUGAAAACACAGUGGUCCCGAGACUGGCCGAGCAACAUGGACAGCAGCCACAUCCACUACCGGAUCCCCAGCCAAGAAACAGCCAAGAGGAAGCAAGCGGACACUCCGACUACACCUGCGAUCCACGAGGAACCACUCAACGAGGCUUCAAGGGAACCAUGGGAGAGGCGUCUGGGCUCCGUAUCCGAGGAUGACCAGGACCAUGAGAUCCUGUACCUGAAGGAAACCCACCUGGGGAUUGAGCGUAAAUGUUCCAGCAUCACAGUUAGCUCUACGUCCAGUCUAGAGGCUGAAGUGGACUUCACGGUCCUAACAGACCUGCAAACAGGCAUGGAGGAGUUUUCCAGGGGGAUGUCAGAGUUGGGAGAGAGGGAUCUCUCGCCUGACAGGGGACUGUGCCUGAGCAUCGACUUGCUGCAGCAGCAUUGCCCCUCUGAACUGCCUUCUCCUCCUUUGGCACCAGCUCCGAUCCCCAGAGGGGCCAGCAGCAGCCCCCCGGCUAAACUUGUCCAACCUGAAGAGGUCCGACCAGAGGUCAAACGGCCCGAUGGGCAGCCUGUUGUUCCCAAAAAACCAAAGAGGUCGGUGCCGGUCUCAUCGUCGGUGGACAGAGAUCAGUCACACAAAGAACCCAGUCGUGUGUCUGCCGCUGCACCUCUGAGCAGAGAGGCCAGCGACGUCGUGCCCACACCUGCUGUCAGGAAAACAGACGUCAGAACAGAGACUCAGCCCAACGGGUCAGAGCUCACCACUACCAUUGUGGAGUUCACAGAUCAGGAUCAUAGUACCACCGGCCUAAGUGAGCUUUCUUAUUCUACAAGACAAAGCGUAUCUCCAGUGCACAAGGGCGGUCUUGGAAGAGAGACGUCGGGCUCACCUAUCCUCGUGACUGAAAAUGUUACCUCAGCAACGACUCAUGUCACAAAGACGGUGAAAGGAGGAUACUCAGAGACAAGAAUCGAGAAGAGGAUUAUCAUCACAGGAGAUGAUGAUGUAGAUCAGGAGCAGGCUUUGGCCAUUGCAAUACAGGAAGCCAAGCAGCAGCAUCCAGACAUGCAGGUGACCAAGGCGGUCGUCAUUAGGGAAACUGAAUCAUCUACUGAGGAUCGACAUGGCGCAUCAUAGUACCACUAUACUAAGACAACAGUGCCCCCUCGUGGACC